CACAACAUAAAACACUUUCCUUUAUCUUGGUCAGAACUCACAACAUACGCAAACAACUAUGGCGAACCCAGAGGGUAGUGGCAGAGCUUCAAGAUGGUCACUUAAGGGAACCACUGCUCUCGUUACUGGAGGCACACGUGGAAUCGGGCAUGCUGUAGUGGAGGAACUGGCAGAGUUUGGUGCCAAUGUGUACACUUGUUCCCGGAAGGAAGAGGAGCUGAAUGCAUGUUUAAAGGAAUGGAAAGAGAAGGGAUUUUCGGUUUCUGGUUCGGUUUGUGAUGCAUCUUCUCCAGCCCAAAGAGAGAAUCUCAUUAAACAAGUGGCCUCUGCCUUCAACGGCACGCUCAACAUACUUGUGAAUAAUGUUGGAACAAACGUGAGGAAGCCAACAAUAGAGUAUACAACCGAAGAAUAUUCAAAAUUAAUGGCAACUAACUUGGACUCUGCAUACCAUCUGAGCCAACUUGCACAUCCUCUUCUUAAAGCAUCUGGAAAUGGAAGUAUCGUGUUCAUUUCCUCCGUUGCAGGUCAGAGAAGUGUAGGUUCUGGAGCCAUUUAUGCAUCAACUAAAGCUGCAAUGGAUCAGCUUACCAAGUAUCUUGCAUGUGAAUGGGCCAAGGACAAUAUAAGGAGCAACAGUGUUGCACCCUGGUAUACCAAAACGCCACUUGCGGAAGCUUUGCUUGCAAACAAGGAAUUUGUUAACGAAGUAAUAUCUCGUACGCCAAUAAAGCGAAUUGCAGAAGCACAUGAAGUGUCAUCCUUGGUAACUUUUCUUUGCUUGCCAGCAGCUUCUUACAUCACUGGACAAGUUAUUUGUGUUGAUGGAGGAUUUACAGUGAAUGGAUUUCAACCCACCAUGAGAAUUACUUAAAUUACUUGAACCAAAAUAAACAUUUUUAUUGUUGGAUUAUGUGAACGAAGCGGUGGCCACUUUGAUCGGUGAUUGAAUUAUUUUAGUAGUUUUAAAAAUUUAGAUGGUCAUAUUCGGUGCCAUGAUUGUAACAUCAUGGGUGCAGUAGGAGCUCCUUACACAUCAUUCAAGAUAUCUAUCUAUUACUAUCUAACUACUGCCAAGUGCCUUAACACUGUAUUCCAACAUUAUUGUGCUUCAUCUGUCACCGACUGAAUCAAAUGCAGAUCUUCCAACAA